UCGUAAGAUUUGGAAGCUUUCAAUAAUGGGCCGACUUAGAUAUUUUGUAUACGUUCUCAUCAUUGCUCUUAUAUUGGCUAUGAUACUGACACCAAUAUUUUACUUCUUACGCAAUUCGCCGUCAGUAGUGGAGAUUGCACUUGUUCCAUCUCCACGUUCAUACUGCGCUACCCGAGGUCAUUGGGAUGAAAAUUCGCAGAGUUUUUUUUAUGUUGACAUAGAGGGCCCCAAUUCAACGCUUUUACGUUACGAUUAUGUCGAAAAUAAAGUUUACGAGGCGACGGUCGUUGGUGAGCCAAUUUUAACGUUCAUCAUACCGCUCGUAAAUGCGACAAAUCAAUUUUUGAUUGGAACCAAGAAUAAAGCAAUUGUAAUACAAUGGGACGGGAAAUCUGCCAAUGGUUAUGUUAUACGAACGGUAUUUGGAAUUUCGACCGAUUCGACCUACGCGCCGAAUCGGUUCAAUGGCGCAAAAGCGGAUCCAGUGGGCAAUUUUGUUGGUGGAACGCAAUACGCUAAUGAUUGCUUGAACCAUGCGACCACCGCCUAUCUUUAUCAUUACGAUCCGAAGUUUGGCUUAAGCACCAUUCGCAGUAACAUAUUAAUUUCCAACGGUUUGACAUGGAGCCACAGAACGAAUAAAUUUUAUUACAUUGAUUCGUGUGUGCCGAAAGUGAACGAAUUCGAUUACGAUAUGGAAACGGGAUAUCUAUCCAAUAAACGAAUCGCUUACUCUGCUUCACCAGAUCUUGUGCUUGACGGUUUGACCCAUGACAAUGACGGCAAUUUAUUCGUCACUACAUUUGGUGGAUCGAAAAUAUUGAAAGUUGAUCCAAUUGAAGGGAAACUGCUUGAGGAAAUCGAAUUUCCAGUUAGGCAAGUGACGUCUGUAGCAUUCGGCGGUCCACAGUUCGACAUUUUGUUCGUAACAACUGCAGCCCGUGGUGACUCACAGCCAGAAGCAGCUGGACAUUUGUACAAAAUAACCGGACUUUAUUCCAUUGGAUCGCCAGCUAUGAAAAUAAAUGUCUAAAACUUUGUUAAACCGUACUUACAUAGGUUCGUCCAACGGUAAUCAACGGUUGCGUUUCUGCCAUUAGUAAAAUAUAGUUUAUCACAUUCGCGCGGUGUUCGGAUGUCAAAAUUACUCAACUAGGAGUUUAAUUCAA